CAAUGAAUUCAUCUAUUUUCGCCGCCAUGUUUGGAAUUCUGGAUUUACAAGGCGUAUUUGAAUAUGUUUGCUAUGUUGUCACAUGUUUUCUGUAUCUUCUCUUUCUCCUGAACAUGAUGGUUAUAGCCAGAAGGGCAGACGAGAAGGAACGUCAGAAUCCUGCACGUAACAUUAAUUUUAAGGCAGAAAAAAGAUCAUGGAAGCAUAAAUCAGCGACAUUCAAGGCAGAAUUGGAAGGAAAGAACAAAAUACAUGCAUUUGUAAUUCAGCGAUGGCAUUUGCGAUGUGUGUAUAGAGAGCGAAUAAUGGAACGUGUUUGUAGUGUUAUAAUUCAGAAGUGGUUCAGAACAACUGUAAAUUUUAAUAACUUAUACAAUUACUGCAUAAUGAAAAAAACAAAUAGAAUGUUCUUUAAAGGGAAUGUCUGUUGCCUAACUUCGACUUCACGGAUUGAAAAUAAUGGUAAUAGAAGCAAGUACAUGCGAAGAAAGAAUCAAAUGUACGAUGUUAAUAAUGAUAAAUCAAAAAAUUUAUUUCGAAAUAGAAACAUGGAGUGUAAUGAGGAUUCAGAACUUAUGAUGCCCAUUAUCUGUAGCAAACAUGACUCGAAAGAUUAUCCUGUUUAUACCACAAUUCCUUUUGAUAUAUUUAUAAACAGAUAUUUAGUAGAAAUUACUAAUAUACAAUUUUGGUAUCGCAAAAUGAGUCUUUUCGAGCAUUUACACCAGCUAAAAGAUAUAAAAGUCCAUCUGUUUAAGACCGACAUGACCCUAUUUAAAACACUCUCUCGUAUUAUCAACUAUCUAAUUGAAUUAAAGAAGAGAAAUUCUAAAUUUCAGACAGUUGAAGGGAUAAAUAUUUUAUAUUGUUACUUAGUAGAAAAAUAUAUUAUCAUGGGCAUUUGUAAAGUAAAAAGAUGGUACUUAAGACAUUUAUUUAAAAAAUCAAUUCCUUCAUUUUCGAAGCUUCAGAAUAAUCUUCUGACAAUAGAAAAAUGGUAUACAAGUCAAGUUUUCCUUUAUUUAAUAGCUAAGAAAGAAGCGUCACGGCAAAUAGAAAUGUGGUAUAAAUUCAAAUUUAUACGUAUGCCCAACCAAACUCCUAUUAAAAUAUAUGCUAAUCGCUCUUAUAAACUCAAUACAAUAUUCGUCCAAUGUAUAAGAAUUUCAAUAAUGAUAAUUUCUAUGAAACAAUUUCCUAUUGUAGAACGAAGAGACUACAAAAUAAGAAAAUAUUUCAAAUUUUUAAUAGAAUGUAAAGCUGUGUGUAUUUUACAGAAGUGGACAAAAAUAAACAAUGCAAGAAACUUUAUAUAUGAUUACAUUUUAAAAAUUACUGAGCAAAGAAUUAAUCGUAUUUGUAAAUGGUAUCGAGAGUUGUCUGGACGUAGAAUAGUUAUAACAAACGUUUUAACAAUACAAAGCUGGUGUAGAAUGAUAAUUAGAAGGCACGAAACAGUGAAAACAUUACAACUAAUGAUAUCCCAAAAUAGAGAUGAUUGUACAUACGAAAUCGAUAAGGAUUUUCGUGAAUUAAACUCAUACCUGCUGGAACUGAAAAAAAGUCUAAUCGGAUUAUACGAAUUUCAAAGCUCUUUUCCAUCUUUUAUGAAUUAUUGUGAAGAUUUUAAACAGACAAAAAAUGAAGAUUUCUCACAAUUUCAAUGCAGUUUCAUACAGAUGAAAAAAUUCUUGUUAUUAUUAUGUAAAAGCCCUGAAAACAACAAGAAUCCUUUCCAAAUAUUAGACCAUUCUGUAAAGAAUAUCAACAAUGUAAAAUCCAUAUAA